ACUACGGUGUUUGAUUGGCUGCUUUGCACAAUGAUACGUUUUUUCUUUGACACCACAUGAACAAGUAUCAGAUAACCUCGUUUAGUUGCAGAGAAGUCUUCAGGUUUACUCCCUCACCGGUGUAUUUCAACGCCUUAAUGCGAAUACAACUAUAGGUGUUGUAUGAGUGAUUGCGCUACUGAGACUGAUACCAUGUCUGAUUUGGUGGAUGCCAAAGGGAUAGCUGCACAAGGGCUGGGCAGUCCCUCAGUGCAAAGGUUUACGACAGAGAAUCCUGAAGUAGACGCUAAGCCUCCGGCUGACAUGUACACAUAUAAGAUGAACUACCCCAGCCUUGGACAGUGUGUCAUCAUCAACAACAAGAACUUUGACAAGCACACAGGAAUGAGCUUUCGCAAUGGAACAGAUGUGGAUGCAGGACAUGCGAUCAAAGUGUUCUCGAGUUUGGGGUACAAAGUGAAGGUUGCCAAUGACCAGACUGUGCAACAGAUACAACAGCUGCUUUGCAAAGUGUCUCAAGACGACCACAGCCAGUCGGCCUCCUUUGUGUGUGUGAUGCUGAGCCAUGGAGACGAGGGGGUUUUCUAUGGCACAGAUGGCAACGUAGAACUCAAGAAGCUCACUGGUCUCUUUAGGGGCGACCGCUGCAAAACGCUGGUGGGCAAGCCCAAACUCUUCUUCAUCCAGGCGUGCCGUGGCAAUGACCUGGAUGGUGGCAUAGAGACAGACUCCGUUGCUGAUGACUCUCCAGAGAGGAUUCCUGUUGAGGCAGACUUUCUCUACGCUUAUUCUACAGCUCCAGGCUACUACUCCUGGAGGAACACCCAGAAAGGCUCCUGGUUCGUGCAGGCCCUCUGUGAGAUGUUACAAAGGUACGGCAAACAGCUGGAGAUCAUGCAGAUCAUGACACGUGUCAACCACAUGGUGGCACUUGACUUCGAGUCUAUGUCCAACAUGCCUGGCUUUACUGCCAAAAAGCAGAUCCCUUGCAUUGUGUCUAUGUUGACCAAAGAUCUCUACUUUCCACAUUGAUUUGAUAUUGUUGUCUAGACAUUACUAUGACUUGAUUGUGUAUCCUGUGGGACCUUUUUAGCUAUGUGCACAAUGUUUACUGGACUUCUAAGUAGUGCUGCGCAUUUACACAACAUUUCUAAAUUACCUAUGUCGGUUCAAUAUUUUGAAUUCCCUUUAUGCACAUUUUCUCUAGAGAUAAACCAGAUCAUGCCGAACUGCAAAGUAGGAGGGAGUUGUAGUUUCCAACAGGACAAAAUUCUACGUAGUUUAGUGCAGAAAACGUGGUAAUUAACUACCAUGACCAGAAUCCUACUUGAGACAGAAGAACACUCGAUCGAGAGGGGUAGAGAGCAGUUGCUCUCUAUGUCUUAUUUACUUUGAAGAACUACUAACAUUUUGAUUUUGUCAGACAGCAUAGGCAGAAGCUCUAUAAGUAAUCAAAAUAAAACAAAUGUAAUAUACACAAUGCAAAUAUUUGUUUAAAGUAAUGUGAAUAAAUUAUGGUUAAUAAGUGAUAAGCAGUUAUGGGCAGUCACUACCAUCAUGGGACUUUUAAUGAUUGUUUUAUUUUGUGUUACCGCAUUCAACCCACAUAAUGCAUUUAAUGUAUUAUCGAAAUCGAAAACUGGGAUUAUUGUUUAAGAAUUUAAAUGAAACCGAACCGGCCUCAAAAAGCACUAAUUGCUCAGCACUACUUCUAAGUGGAUACAAAUUUAAAUACUUGUAUUCUGUUUGGGUUAAGUCUUAAAGAGAAAGCUAAAGGUUUGAUUCGAUAUACCUUGGACUCGGAGGCCUAAAAGGCAUGAUGUUGGACCAAAGAGAAUGCAUUUUUAAUGGGGGAAGGCAGGCAUUAAGCAACGAUUAUGCAAUAUGAAUACUUGCUAUUGAUUUGUUGUACCUGUAUAUGUUCUGAAUUAUCAAGUAUAAAGGGAAUCACGCUUUCAGAUAGCAAUAAUGUAGUGAAUCAAUCACUCAGGCUUUAAAAGUAUUGAAAAAUGUGCCAUGUCUUUUUAGAAAUGAUAACUGUCUUACCUGUGGGAUGGUUUGUUUUUUUCAUUUGCACAUUGUACAUUCAAAUAGCUUACUACAUGAAAUAUAAACUUGAAUAAACUAGCUUUUAUCCUUGA